GACUUGGGCGAGGACCCGGCAGUGGGCUUCCAUUUCGCCUCACUCGUCCACAACCUGUGCAGGUCGCGGGAGGACCGUGUCCGCAUCAAGACGGGCAAUCCGAUGAUCGACGAGCUCAGUGGUGAGGACUUCAAGGCGCUCGAGGAAUUCUACGAGCGAAUGCCGGCAGAAGCCAGGCCAACGCGAUCGGGCGAGGUGGAUCCCGGUGCCCCCGAGCUGGCCCAACGCUUCCGGACCUGGUGCCUGGAGCGAGGCGAGGCCGGCGGUGCAGCGCCCCUCGUGGCCAAGCUCUGCCGCUGUGUGUCGGGCUCCACGCAAACGAAGGCGCUCAUCGCAGAUUCCUUGAAGCUUCUCUGCUCCGACCAGCAAGAGAGGAAGAUUGUGGCGGCCAGCGGUGGCGUUCGCACACUGCUUGGGCUGUCGAACCUGGACCAGGCUCUGGGCGGCCAGCAAGAGGAUGUGAAGUUCAUGAAAUUGAAUCACGCGAUCCUGGUCGCAAGGAUGCCGAGGAAGGAACGAGCGAAAGAAAAGCUGUCGUACCGCUUUGCACAGGAUGCGGACACGCAGGCGUUAGCGCAGAUUCUCAUCGUGAUGAACCCACAGCUUCUGCAGUAUCAGGAGCAGCUUGAUGCUGUCAGGCCGAUGCUUGCAUUGCUGGAGCACCGGCACGAACUGCUGCAGUUCGAAGGCUGCCUGGCCUUGACGAACCUCCUCUCUUCCAGUGAGGAGCUUCGUUCCUUUGCCUUGCAGUCGGGCGCGUGGAGCAAGUGCAAGGACUUGCUGUUCUCUGAGAACGAGGAGGUUCAGAGGGCCGGCCUUGAAGCGAUGUGCAACCUGACGAUGGCUGAGGAGGUGGCCGAGCGCUUUGCCCUGGGCAAGGCCGAAAACGAGCUGAAGAUCUUUGGUGCCUUUUGUGCAUCCGAGAUCGAGCGACAGCAGAUCGCCGCCACGGGAGCCCUGGCCAUCCUCUCCGGCCUCGACGAGGUUGCCGUCCGUAUCGCCGACUGCGAGCAAUGCCUGGAAGGGCUGCUCCGCGCAGUUCUGGAGUCAGAGCCGUGGCAUCCAAGAGAGGAGAGUCCAGCUGUCGAGCUCCGCGCCGUCUCUGCUUUGCUGAGCCUACGCCGUGCCGAGGGGGUCAACCAGGAAGUCCGCCGUGCCAUCUUCGCUGCUUCGAGUCUCCAGACGCACAGGGCGCAGCUGAGGAGGAAGUGCAGCAGGGCUGCUGAGCUACUCCAGCCACUGGUACCUGUGGCCAUGAAGAAGCUGUGCAAGGCCCUCCGCGACUGCGUGAGGGCCUCCGCCUUCAGCAUCUUCGAGCGCGGCAAGGGUUGGCAGCAGGGCUACUGGCGGAUGGUCAUGGUUCGGCAGUCCACCGCAGAAGAGCUCCUUGUCAUGGUGCAGACGGCGAAGCUGGAGGACGCCCAGCGCGAGGCCCUGGCCGCAGAGGUCAUCGCGGCGCUGACGAAGGCCGAGCUGCAGAUCAACGUGGUGUCCAUCUACCUGCAGUUCAACGACGAGAUCUCCGAUGCGGCGCGGCCGGGAGCUCCCCUGAUGCACAUCCACGGCGAUGCCCAGCUCAGGAUGCAGCUCCUUGGGCUCAGCUUCAACAUCGGCCCUCUCUCCUUCUACCAGGCCAACAGCAGCACCUGUGCCUUGCUCUAUGAGCGGGCCCUGGAGUGGCUGAGGCCGCAGAACGACGUGGCAGUGCUGGACGUCUGCUGCGGGGUGGGCACCAUCGGCCUCUGUGCCAGCCGCCGCUGUCGCCGGGUCAUUGGCAUCGAGCUGAUCCCGGAGGCCGUGGAGGCUGCGAAGGCCAACGCUGCUUUGAACAAGGUGGAGAACACCGAGUGGAUUGUGGGAAAGGCCGAAGAUGUCUUACCCCAAGUCCUCCAGGGGCUGGAUCCAAGCCUUGAGGUCUGCGCGGUCGUCGACCCACCUCGCCCGGGGCUACACUCUUCGGUGCUGCGCGCGCUGAGGGGUUGCCCUCAGCUGUCGCGAAUCGUCUACGUGAGUUGCAACCCCGACUCGCUGGUGGAGGACGUUGUGAAGUUGACGAUGCCCUCCGAGAGCGACGAGGAUCCUUUCAUUCCUCUGCGAGCCGUCGCAGUG